AGCAGCGGCCAGCGGUUGAGGACCGCCUGCGCCCACCGUCUGGCUGCUCCGCUCCGCAGCCCAAUGUGUUUUAGCCGCAGGGAAACUUUUCAAGCGGACGGAAAGGAGACCACGGGGGAAUAUUUCAUGGUCGGAGUUUUUUAAAAAUCCCCAAAUUUCGCAUCAAAACAGCCGCUAGAUGCAUGGUGACCACAUGCUCAGGGACACCUCAUACACGUUCCUUACUGUUUGCUUGCAUAAAGAAUCAGGCACAGUCGUCUGAAAGGAGAGAUGUCGUCGAAAACGCCGAGCUCCAGCAGCAUCGCUCAGGCCAGGCGGACGGUGCAGCAGCUGAAGAGAGAAGCUCGCAUCGAGAGGAUCAAAGUGUCUAAGGCUUCAUCAGACCUGAUGCGCUACUGUGGAGAGCAUGCCAAGAAUGACCCUCUGCUAAUGGGCAUCCCAACUUCAGAGAACCCCUUCAAAGACAAGAAGCCUUGCACUGUGUUGUAGCUGAAUGUCGUUUUAAACCUCUAAUGUAACACAGCUGAUAGUUGAACACAUCUUGCCUAAAGGCUUCUGUGGUGGUUACGUUUUUUUCACCUAUACUUCCUAAAUGAAAUUAAGACCAAAGAAGUCCAGAAGUUGAGGGCUUUGGUCAAAGUUUCGGGUCUAGACAUUGUUUGAACGAGAUGGGCCCAGGUGUGACUUCACGUUUCUGCCGUGGCACAACUCGUAAUGAUUAAUUGUCAUACGAUGCCAAAACAAAACCUCUUACUCAGUGGGCCAGUCAGAUAGUGACGUCUUUACCUUUUACUUUCAUCGUGCUUGCUUGAGGAAAGAGUGAGUUUGUGCUCUGCUGAUGAGGAUCACUCAAGAUAACGACAUCCUGUGAGUGGAUUAACAGACUGCUGCCCAUUACAAAAUGAAAAACAGUGAAGAGUGGAGCUCUGUUGCCAGUGACGUUCACCUUAUGCCUUAGGCAGCCAUGGAUUAACAAUCACAAGUAAUAAUGAUGAGGACAGGACCACUACAUUGUUGUUCAUUUAAAGACAUAACAGACAACAGUUCCUGUGUGUUCCUUACAGAAUAUGGAUCCUUUCCUUAGAGUGUAGAUGUCUAAAAAGCUGCCAACGUUUCCCAAUUCAACAUGAUCCAUGACUAACAGAGGUUGAAUGUAUUACAGCAGUUUGCUGUAAUACGCUCUGCCUUCCUGUUAUCUGCUGAAAAUACAGUCAGAUUUUCUCUGACUUUAUUUCAAAAGCCUCCCUGAUGCUGGAAAUAUCUAACUUGAAAUCAGUGUGACGGCACCCUCUCUGAAGAUUGGUAUUUUCGGCGCGACAUGGUCCUGCUCAGCGUGGUGAUCUGAAAGAAAACGAGUUUCUGGCCGGCUGGUCACCAGCUAGGACCAGUCAAACUGAAAAUCGACCGAUUCCAAUUCGGUGUUCUCGUUGAAUCUCUAUGUGAGCAGUGUAGUUUGAAUGAAACCAACUGCUGGCGUUGCUCUGGUAGUAACAGUGUCGUCUGAGAUUGGCUUACAAAAACUGCUGGGUCUGAUACGUGUUUCCACCAGCCUGUUCUUUUGCUGGGUGUAUUCUUGGCAUAAUCUUGACUCUUCUUAUACACUGAAAACAUCUCUUUAUGAUCCCCUCACUGAAAGGCUACUGGACCAUUGAAGCACUGUGAAAGCUAGAUUGCAGAUGACUAUUACACUGUUAUACUCUGCUCUUAGCUUCCAUAUAAUGUCUGUAAUGAUGUGGCUGAUGCUUGUACUCAAGAUCUGCUGUUACAGUUUUGUCUGCCUGAGUCUUAAUCCUGAAACCAGACAGCUUUAACUCUCACACAAGUGCUUUUUGGGUAAUGCUGUGUACAAUGAAUUAAAGAGAGCUCGGGGUGUGUGUUGGCUGUGAAAUAGAUUUACAUAUUGCUUUUUUGUCAUUAAUAAACUGUGCUGGGAAGUAG